AUGCCUCCAUCGACCGGAAAAGGAUACCUUCUAAAUGGACCCGCUGACUGGGACUCCUUUGAGCAAUCAUACAUUAUGAAAGUCUCCGCUGAACGCGUCUACGAACUGGGAAGGCUCAAUACCCCUGCUCAGUUCAUAGACAAAAGGAUCACAGAGCCAAGGAGGCCUGAGUUCAGCGACUACCUCGCGCGAGAGCAAAACGAAGCUCGUUCCCGCUCCACGAAUUCCUCUCAGUCUACAGUCAGAUCGUCGGAUCCAGCCACAUCGUACGUCGAACUUGUGCCUGAGGAUCAAGAGGCAUACAAGGCAUCGAUGGCAAUAUAUAAGAGCGAUCUUGAUAGAUAUAAUAAGCAAGCGGAUGGAAUCAGGAAUGUCCUUAAUUGGAUGAUUGAAAAGAUCAAUCCACACUACGUCGAAACAUGCUCCCCUGCGAUGAACGAAUCCACACAGCAUGACAAUAUUUCGAUGUUCUAUACGAACCUGAAAGCUGCUCGAACCAACUGGGAAGAUUGGAUUACCUCAUGGGAAAAGGCAAUGAGAAUUGCAAAGCUCAGAGGGGUCGCAGAAGCACAACACUCAAAUACAUGGUUUGAGGAUCUACAGCAGAAUCUGGAUGUUCAAUUUAGGAUAUUCUUGCGAAUUGAACAAGGACAGAAUAAGGAUGCAAUUGAAGCAGGCACCUACCUUCCGCUAACUUUCUCUGCACAAUUUCGCCAGGAAAUUCAAUCAAUGAAGAGGAGAAGCGAUCGCAAUCCUAGAAAUCAGGUGGCAAAAGGGAGCUUCAAAACCACGUUUCAAGACUCCUCCCCAGAAAUAAGGAAGCGAAGCAGAUCAUCAACGGGAGAAACCAAGAUAAGCCCAGGCAGAGAAGGAUCAGCAAAACGACCUCGGGCUUCUAUAGAGUUAGAAUUGUGUAUAUUAUGCGAGAAGAAGCACAAGAACGCCAACACGACAUCUUGCUGGGUGGCGUUCCCUGAGAAGGCCCCAAAGAAAUACCCUACAUCACAACCCAGUGAUCUCAGAGAAGACAGCUGCAUUCAUGAUAAAGAGCAGCGAUUACCCGUUACAAACCUCGGCCAUACUGGACUCAGGUACUACAAUACAUAUCUUUUCAACAGUGCCAAAAGGUUCAAGAAACUAGGGAUCGCAACAGCAGGGGAUGGCGUCUUUGCAGGGUCAAGAUGGCUACCAAUCCUAGGAUAUGGGGAAGUACAACUAGAAGUAUGCAACCUGGAAAAUGAGCCUCAAAAGCUCGUUUUGAAGGGCGUUGCAUACUGUCCAGAAAUGGGCACUAACCUUAUAUCCCUGAGGAGGUUACGCCAAAUUGGGUACUGGUGGGACCAGCGCAAUAACUCAGAUGUGAUCAGACACAUAGGUGGUCAGGCACUAUGCAAAUUAAUGCUUAAACACGACCAAUAUGUAAUGAGUUACAUUCCCAAAACCGGGAAACAAGCCGCGUUUCCAACUAGGCACCUGCAAUACAACUCAUGGACUGCGAAAAAGCCAAACAACGCAAGGGCCAUGACAUGGCAUCGCCGAUUAGGACACCCAGGCCCUCGAAGUCUUGAACACCUUGUGAAUCAUACCAUAGGAGCGAGAAUCAAGGGACCGUCUACAAUCGAAUGUGACGUAUGCGGAUUGGGAAAGAUGAAGAGGCAAGAGAGACGCGAACCUCGGAUACGAAACUCGAAUCCAGGAGAGAGAGUCUCAAUUGACUUUCACGACUAUCCUCCAGGAUUACACCAGUACUCGUCAUGCGGAAUAAUUACAGAUCGUCAAUCAGGUCUCUGUUGGGACUAUUAUUUCACCAAUCGAUAUGAUGAGAACCUUCUGUCAAUGCUAAAACACUUUACCCAGAUGCUUGAAACAAUGUACAACAUCAAACUACGAAUCAUCGAAACAGAUAACGAGCUGCGAAAAGGCGGAUUGACCCGCGCAUGGCUCGAAAACAAGGGUAUCCAAGUGGAAGAAAGUGCACCACGCACACAACAACAGAACGGCUCUGGCGAGCGUUCUGGGGGGACUCCGUACGAAAGCUUCUUUUCUGCGAUUCAAAGCUCGCAAAACUACAUCCAACCUCGUAUUGGGCAUAUGAAAAUGAUUGGAUGCAAAGCCUUUGCGAUGACAAAGUCAGCUCAGCAGAAGGAUAAACGCCUACAAUCAAGAACAAACCCAAAAGCGUGGAUCGGAUACCUUGUGGGAUAUAACUCACAAAACAUCUUUCGGAUCUGGAACCCCCUGACUAAUAAGAUAUAUAUCACUAGAGAUGCUAUCUUUAAUGAGGAAGAAUUCUUCAGCGCUAACGAGUUACAGGUGACAGAAACGAUCGGGGAAGAAACCCUAGAAGAAUUACAAGUGAGAUUGCAAUCACUUAUGAACACUGAGCAAAUCGAUCAGGUCUUGGAACCUGUUCAGGGCCCAGACGAGCUUGAAAGCCAAGAAUCGACUCUCGAAAAUCUGAUUGACGACUUGCCUACAGAAGAGGCAGAGCCAACAGAGGAUCAAGAAGACGAUGGUACAAAGUACACUCAAGCUCGAUUCGAGCUCUUACCUACUCCUCCAGAAAGCCCAUUUUCAAGCUUCUUAGCACAAAUUGGAAUACAGUCACCUGCAAGAAAAGAAGGACUUGACGUGGACCUGAAAAUCCUCAAUCAAGCCUUCAACGCCGGAACAAUGGCUGUACCAAUUGCAAAGCAAGAAGGAAAGCUGAUAACAAAGGCAACGAGGAGCAGAUACAUCCGCGGAAGACUGAAGCCCAGAUGGGAAGCGCAAAAGAGCCAUAUGAACCUCGUUCCAGACAAGGAGAGACUCCAUCGGAGGAAUCUGCCACCGGCUCCAAGCUCUUUUGGAAGUCUCACCGGUCACCGGUUCGAGGAGGAGUUCAAACAAGCGCAAAAGGACCAUCUGGAGAGUCAUAAGCAGAUGCGAUCAUGGUCAGAGAUUUCGAGGCUUGAUCCCCGAAUUGGAGACUCGCAAGUACUUGACUGUAUGUGGGUCUUCACAUAUAAGUUUGACAAACAUGGGUACCUGCGAAAAUGCAAGGCAAGGCUUGUAGUUCGAGGAGACCAACAGUAUAAGUCAAGCACAGAUGAUACAUAUGCUGCUACCCUUGCUGGAAAGUCAUUCAGGACGCUUAUAGCAAUUGCUGCAAAAUAUGACCUAGAGCUCCUGCAGUACGAUGCAGUGAAUGCGUUUGUAAAUGCAAAACUGCAAAGCAAUGUAUUCAUGAAGCUGCCACCCGGUUACCGGAGUGGUGAGAAACAGGAUCGAAUACUGCUCCUACACAAAGCACUUUACGGUCUGCGCAUCGCACCUCUUUUGUGGCAAAUGGACCUCGGAGAUACCCUCGAGGCUCAAGGCUGGAAUCAAGUCCCAAAUGAACCAUGUUGCUAUCGGAAGGAGAAUAUCCUUAUGUUCUUCUACGUAGACGACAUAGUAUUUGCAUAUAAGAGAGAAGAUGAGAAGAGUGCCUCUCAGGCUAUUGAGCAACUCCAACGAAAGUAUACACUUACUGGAGGAAAAGAGCUUCAAUGGUUCCUUGGAAUGGAAAUCAUUCGAGAUCGAAGCUCAAGGCACAUCUGGGUAACUCAAAUCUCAUACGUGGAAAAGAUAUGCGAACAGAGCACUUCAAAAACGCCAAACGCGUCUCCAAUGUCAAAAGAAGAACUCCUCCCUAAUGAAGGCACCGCCAGCUACAAGACAACUGCCUGGUAUCGAAGGGCCAUAGGGUCACUGCUCUACGCCAGUGUAAUUACUCGGCCGGACAUCGCAUUUGCAGUAUCAAGACUGGCACGUUUUAUGACCAACCCAAGCGAAAAACAUGUGGAGGCGGUGAAUCGAGUUUUCAAUUACCUAAACGACACUCGUUUCUAUGCAUUGGAGUUUGGUCCCGGAGAGGGGUUCGACGUUCACAGUGACGCAUCUUUUGCAGACAAUUCCCUAGACCGCAAAAGCUCUCAAGGCUAUGCAAUGAAACUCUUCGGAGGUCUAAUAGGAUGGCGAGCCAAUAAACAAGACACUGUAACGACAUCAACAACUGAAGCGGAGCUAUUGGCACUCUCACAAGCAGCAAAGGAAGGUCUAUUUCAGAAAAGGCUCCUCCAAGGACUACAACUCGAGCUGCCAAUUGACCAAAUGCACCUCGUCCUCUGCUCAAAAACUCGACAGAUCGAUCUCCAACUGUUUUGUGACAAUAAACAAACGAUCGGCCUCUUGAAGAAUCCACUACAAAAAUUAAAGACGAAACUGAAGCAUGUGGAUGUACACAACCAUUGGCUGCGCGAACAACUAAAACAAAAGACCCUAUCUCUUCAGUAUAAACAAAGUUCAGAAUUGAUUGCAGACGGGAUGACCAAAGCACUCCAGGGCCACUCACAAAAGGAAAGCUGCAAGCAAUUUGGACUUGUGAAUAUUGAAGAGAAAAUCCGAAUGAGGAGAGAAAAGGUUACUGCGGAAAGAACGAUUGAGGAAAUCCUAGAGGAGUUGAAAAUUUAG